ACAAAGCCGGGAAAUGUUACACAUCCACUUCUGCCACAGAAUUACCGGCCCUCGGUAAUAUUGCAGUCACCAAUAUACACAAAGCUGGGAAAUGUUCCAAAUGCCAAUCUGGUGAAUGCCAUAAUUGGCAAUCUGAAUCUACGAAAACAAUUUCAACUGAUAAAGUUGACAUACCAGUUAGACAUGUCAUGUCUAAUUUUGAGAAUCAAGCUCCAGAUUAUCGGAGUCUAGAGGUGCCUCAUCCUCGAACCGAAGUCAAUCUGGGAUCAACGGUUUAUCCAUUCCAGCCGCAAGAUUCCACAGUACAGCCACUAAUGCACACAAAAAUGGGAGAUGCUCUACAUAAUAUUGAAUGCAAUGGGUUGCAAUCUUCGUUUGGUGAUAAUCACUUUUCUUUCACAAAGUUCUUGAAUAUAAAUUCUGCUUACCAGGAUUAUUACUUGUCUGACCAAACAGCACAGACUCCUUUCAAAGACUCCUGCCAAAAUCACUGGGAAGGGUCUACCAUGGGAUAGUGGAGUAAGCUCUGACACAAACACUGAAGUAGCCCAAGGAUGGGUACAAUAUUCAUCUGCAUUAGCUAUUGGAACUACCCUCCAAUGUAGCUAAGGAACCACAAGAUUUCUAAUGCUAUCCUGCAACGAGAUACGACAAUCUCAUAACAGAAAGUUUUUAGCGGUAUUGAUGGUUUUCCCCUCCCACUUAUAGUUUGUUAGCAGAAUGGUCUGGAGCUCGUUCUUGAUUGGGAAGAGAUUUGUCACUAAACCAAUAGCUAGCUAGUUGGGUUAUUGGUUAAGUAGUAGUUACAUGUUUCAGUUACUGAAAUUGUAGUAGUUAGUUGGUUGAUGUAGUAGUAGUAAGUUAGUAACUACUGUGUAUGAUUAUUAUGGCUUGAAUCCUUUCAAGUAAUUUAUGAAAUUUAAGGGGAUCUUGUGUACUG